CCGAAUGGAGUCGACGAAUUCGUCGUCUCUCGCCGCGCCUCCGUCCACCUCCAACUCCUCGGACUUUCUCUACAUGACGGGCCUCUUCAGGGAGCCUCCGAUGGCGCGCUACCUCACCCUCUGCGCUUUCCUCCUCCUCUACGCGGCCAUCGUGUGCGCCAACGGCCUCUUGGCCUCCACCAUCCUUGCCGACCGCCGCCUGCGCUCCAAGCCCAUGUACGUGUUCAUGGCCGCCCUCGCAGCGGCCGACGCGGCCGGCAGCACUACGACGUUGCCGCGGAUUGCCGGCGACAUCGUCACCACCACCGACGGCCGCAUUACGGUGGCCGAGUGCGCGACGCAGAUCUUCUUCAACGGCCUCUUCCUGCGCGUGCAGAGCUACGUGCUCACCGCGAUGUCCGUCGACCGCUACGUGGCCAUCUGCCACCCGUUGCGCUACGGCGCCGCCGCCACGUCGGCGGUCGCCGCGCGCGCCGUCGUCAUCAUCUGCGCCGCGUCGGCCCUCGUCGCGCUCGGCUACCCGCUCCUCGCCCGCACCCUGAGGCUGUGCAAGCCCGGAGUGAUGCUGACGCCCGUGUGCGACUUUGUUCUCCUCUGCAUGCUCUCGUGCGACCCGCUGACCUACCACGAGAUGUUCAACGCGUUCGCCUCAGUCAUGACCACCGUGGCCCCGCUCGCCCUCAUUGUGCCCACCUACUUUCUUGUGCUCAUCGAGUGCCGCAAGGCAAGCACGCGCGCCAGCCAGGCGAAGGCGAUCCACACGUACGUGACGCACUUUUUCGUGCUGCUCGUCUUCUUCAGCUUCCACCUCUUCCUGUUCAGCUUCACCGCCAUCGCGUCUCUCAUAAGGCUGCCGCCCAGCUACCUGUCGCUCGCCGUGACCCUAUACUACUCAAUGCCGGGUCUCGUGAAUCCCGUCAUCUACGGACUGAGGACGGCCGAGAUCCGCAGGAUGCUCUUCCGCAGUGCGAAACGACGCCGCGUGGCAGCUGCGAAAGGCGAAAUCGGCCUCGAGCACUGA